UCUAUGUAGACAAGUAACCAAUGGAAGCCCUGGAUCCCCGACCCAUGGCUAAUAGAAACUGGGGUGGGCGGGCCAUCGCGCGGCCAAGCCCUAGUCCAGAAGCUGACCGCCAGAUGACUCCCAGGGAGCUCGGACCCCGAAGCAGGCAGACCAUGUGGAUCCUGGGGUGCUGGCUGGCCUUAGUGGCAGGGCUGGUGAGUGGAACACGGUGUCCAGAUGGCCAGUUCUGCCCCAUUGCCUGCUGCCUGGACCUGGGAGGAGUCAGCUACAGCUGCUGUAACCCUCUUCUGGAUGCAUGGCCUAUGAUAACAAGCCAUCCUCUAGGUGACUCCUGUCAGAUCCAUGACCACUGUCCUGCUGGCUACUCUUGUCUCCUCACUGUGUUGGGGACUUCCAGUUGCUGUCCCUUCCCUAAGGGUGUAUCUUGUGGUAAUGGCUACCAUUGCUGCCCCCGGGGCUUCUACUGUAGUGAGGAUGGAACAUCCUGCAUCCGAGUAUCAGGUGCUGUGGGACACAGGAUGGGAACAGAAUCCUGGACUCUGUCAUCUGCAGAUAACCUCGUGGGUGCCAUCCAGUGCCCUGGAAGCCAGUUUGAAUGCCCCGACUCCUCUACCUGCUGCAUUAUGAUUGACGGUUCCUGGGGAUGCUGCCCCAUGCCCCAGGCCUCUUGCUGUGAAGACAGAGUACAUUGCUGUCCCCAUGGGGCCUCCUGUGACCUGGUUCAUACACGAUGCAUUACAUCUAUGGGCACCUACCCCCUACUAAGGAAGUUCCCUGCGCAAAGGACCAGCAGAGCAGUGGCUUUGCAUUCCUCUGUGGUGUGCCCCGAUGCGCAGACCCAGUGCCCUGAUGAUUCCACCUGCUGUGAGCUGCCCACUGGGAAGUAUGGCUGCUGUCCAAUGCCCAACGCCAUCUGCUGCUCCGACCAUCUGCACUGCUGUCCCCAGGACACUGUGUGUGACCUGAUCCAGAGUAAGUGCCUAUCCAAGGACUACACCACGGACCUCCUGACCAAGCUGCCUGGAUACCCAGUGAAGGAGGUGAAGUGCGACACGGAGGUGAGCUGCCCAGAUGGGCACACUUGCUGCCGUCUAGCCAGCGGGGCCUGGGGCUGCUGUCCCUUUACCAAGGCUGUGUGCUGUGAGGACCAUAUACACUGCUGCCCAACAGGGUUCCAGUGCCACACAGAGACAGGAACCUGUGAAAUGGGAGCCCUCCGGGUACCCUGGAUGAAGAAGGUCACGGCCCCCCUCAGCCUGCCAAACCCACAAAUCUUCAAGCGUGACGUUCACUGUGAUGAUUUCAUUAGCUGUCCUGCUAACCACACCUGCUGCGGUCUCGGUUCUGGGAGCUGGGCCUGUUGUCCCGUCCCGCAGGCUGUCUGCUGCCCAGACCACAAGACUUGCUGCCCCCAGGGUUUCACAUGCACGGCUGAGGGGUACUGUCAGAAGGGAGACAGAGUGGAGGCUAGCUUGGAGAAGACACCUGUCCGCCAGAUAACCCUCUCCCAAACUGGAGAUAUCGGUUGUGACCAGAACACCAGCUGUCCGGUGGGGCAGACCUGCUGCCCUAGUCGGAAGGGAGGCUGGGCCUGCUGCCAGUUGCCCCACGCCGUGUGUUGUGAAGACGGGCAGCAUUGCUGCCCGACUGGAUACACCUGCAACGUGAAGGCCAGGACCUGUGAGAAGGAUGUGCGCUCCAUCCAGGCUUCUGCCCCUGCCCCCCUGACCUUUGGCCCUGAGGUGGGAGAUGUAGAGUGUGGAGGGGGGCAUUUCUGCCAUGAUAACCAGACCUGUUGUAGAGACAGCCGAGGAGGCUGGGCCUGCUGCCCCUACGUAAAGGGCACCUGCUGUGCAGAUGGACGUCACUGUUGCCCCACUGGCUUCCACUGCUCGGCCAAGGGAACCAAAUGUUUGCGAAAGAAGACCCCUCGCUGGGACAUGUUUUUGAGGGGUCCAGCUCCGAGACAGCUGCUGUAAGGAGGGGCUCAAGACUAAAGAACUCCACAGCCCUGGGGACCCUGUCCAGACGGUCUCCACCACUCAGGCCUCCCUAGGCCUUCUCCUAGAGUCUCCCAGACCUAUCUACCCAUUCUGAGUCACCCCAUCACCAUGGGAGGUGGCCUCAAACUAAGACCUUUUAUGCAAAGAAGGCUGUGGACCCCAUUUCCAACUGCCAUUUCUUCCGAUAUCUGUGGACAUUGUGGCCAGGUGCUCUUCCCGAUCCACAGGUAUUGUGUGAGGUUGCUUGUAUGUGUGUGUGUGUGUGUGUGUGUGUGUGUGUGCGCGCGCGCGCGCGCACGCCUUUGCUC